AACUAGAGAGAAAGCUAGAGGAAAACAAAAGGAAGAAAAAGAAGAAGAAGAAGAUGUUAGGGUUUUUGAUGUAUUUAUCCUGAGAUUUGAGCAAAAAGAAGAUGUUUUGGAUUGUGUCUACUUCUCACAAUCUUUCUUAAACUUGCUCACCGCACAGUUUAUUAUUUGCAAGGUUCUGCAAUCUCUAAAGCAACUUGGCAUCACAGUAGUUUUAGUGGUUCAGUAUGUCAGGUUCUGUUGUGUAAUUUGAAGGGGACUCUUGUUGUUUCUGUGAUGGAAAGAAACAGACCACAACAUCAGUUCCAGCAACACUCUAUGGAACCUGGAUAUGUGUAUGACUCUGUCCCUCAAGCAUUUACACCUGAUCAAACACACGUCACUCGUAAUUUGAAUGCUUCAGAUGUUAGGCCAGGGCUUCAUUACUCCAUACAAACAGGAGAAGAGUUCUCUCUUGAGUUUCUGCGAGAUAGAGUGAUCUCUCAAAGGUCUGCAAACCCCAAUGCAGCUGGUGACACGGUGGCAAAUGGGAUGCUGGAGUAUGAGAGAGCAAACUUUCCGCUUCAUGAGUUUGGAAACAAACUUGGGCAUAUCCAGUCAGCACCAGAAGCUUUAUUAGGAAACUUUCAUGGAUAUGCAUCUUCUUCAUCAGCCUCAGGUAGUUUAACAGCAAAGGUUAAAAUCCUUUGUAGCUUUGGUGGGAAGAUACUCCCACGUCCAGGCGAUUCAAAGCUUAGAUACGUUGGAGGUGAGACACACAUUAUUUCCAUAAGGAAAGAUAUAUCUUGGCAUGAACUCAAGCAAAAAGUUCUUGAGAUAUACUACAGGACUCAUGUUGUGAAGUACCAGCUUCCUGGUGAAGAUCUUGACGCCUUGGUGUCUGUAUCAUGUGAUGAAGAUUUACAGAACAUGAUGGAGGAGUAUAAUGAGAUGGAAAACCGUGGGGGUUCGCAGAAGCUUAGAGUGUUUCUUUUCUCUGUCAGUGAUUUGGAUGGUUCUCUUUUGGGGGUUAAUCAAAAUGAUGCUGACUCUGAGUUUCAGUAUGUUGUAGCUGUAAAUGAUAUGGAUAUUGGAUCAAGAAGCAACUCAACUCUUAAUAGACUGGACAGCAUUUCUGUGAAUAGUUUAGCUGAGCUGGAUGUUAGGAACACUGAGGGCAUCAACGGUCUUGCCCCUUCUGGGGUUGAUCACCAACAGUCCUCUAUGCAGUAUUCUGAGUCUGCACCACAAAGCUCCAUGCUACAGUAUCCUCAAUCUAUUCCACACAAUGCUGCAUAUCAGUUUCAGCAAGCUGUUCCGCCAAAUUAUGCACAGGCCAUUCCUCCAAGCCCCUCUCUUCAGUAUCCUCAAUCUAUUCCACCAGGUUCUACUCUUCAGUAUCCACAAUCUAUUUCUUCCAGCUCCUAUGGAAUGUACCCACAUUAUUAUGAAGAAAGACAGCAGUUUCCAAUGUAUCAUCAACACAGCUCUUCAAAUUACUCUGUUUCCAUGCCUUUCCAAGGCCAGCAGCCAAACCAUCACCCUGGCACAACACAGCAAAGCGCACCAGUGCAGUCAGGAGAGCUAAACAUUAAACCUGAGAUGAAAGUUCGUGAGACUAUAGAGCCUGAAAAUCGCCAGAAUCCUCCUCAAGCGGAUCAUAUCUCUGAAGUUCGGGAGGCAGCACCAGUUACUGCAACUGUACCUAGCCAGGAUGCUGCACAUAUGUUACCUCCAAGAAGAGAUCCACGGCAGAGCAAUCCUGUGAAGCCUCCUGCUUACCGUGAGGCUGUUUCUCCUGAGCAGGCUCCUGUAUCUGGUGAGGAUGAUCAGAUUUCAACAUCAAGUGGUACAUGUGGUCUUCCUCUGACUGACUCUGAGUCAAACUUAAUCGAUCUUGAUUACCCGGAGCCUUUACCGCCCACGCGGAGGGUAUAUGGUUCAGAGAGGAUACCUCGUGAACAUUUAGAAAUGCUAAACCGCCUUUCCAAGUCUGAUGACUCAAUAGCGUCUCAGUUCUUAAUGUCUCAUUCACAAACUGGACAGCAAGAUCUAGCAAAACAAGGAGAGGGUAAAAAAACACAUGAAGAUUCACAUAUUGUUAAUGAAACGACCUCUGAAAAGGUUUUAAACCCUGAUGCUGCCAACAAGGACAGAAUGGUCAAUGGUGGAGGUAUAGAGGCUGAAGCUCCUAAUUUUAGUCAUGUAGACACAUCCACUAAUCAUGUAAUCCCUGAAAACCGAGCUUCUUCAAGUGUUCUUAUUGACAUCAAUGAUCGGUUCCCUCAAGACUUCCUCUCUGAAAUAUUUGCAAAGGCACUCUCUGAGGACAUACCACCAGGCGUAGAUGCAUAUCAGCAUGAUGGGGCCGGUGUUAGUUUGAAUGUAGAGAACCAUGAUCCUAAAAACUGGUCUUAUUUUCGAAAACUGGCCGAGGAACAGUUCAGUGAAAAAGAUAUUCCUCCAGGCUUUCCAUCUGACAUGGAAGAUAGCCGAAUGAAUACCAAGUUGCAUCACAUCGCUCCAUUGACUAGAGAUGGUAUUACAACCGAGAACCGUGUGGAUGCUCAGUUGAAUGUAGGUCAAGAUCAUGAUUAUGUUGCUGGCAAUAACGAGGGUGCACAGAUGAAGGUCACAGAGAGUGAGGAAUUUGGUGCUAUGGUUGAGAAUCUAAGGACUCCGGAUUGUGAACAUGAGGAUAAUGAAAAGACAGAAACAAGGAAUGCUGGACUUCCUCCACUUGGUUCGCCUUUGUCAGAUUAUGAUACAAGUGGGUUGCAGAUCAUUAUGAACGAUGAUCUCGAGGAGCUAAAGGAACUUGGUGCCGGCACGUUCGGUACAGUGUAUCAUGGGAAAUGGAGAGGAUCAGAUGUUGCCAUCAAGAGGAUAAAGAAGAGUUGCUUUGCUGGUCGAUCUUCUGAACAAGAGAGAUUAACUGGUGAAUUCUGGGGAGAAGCUGAAAUUUUGUCAAAGCUUCAUCAUCCAAACGUGGUUGCAUUUUAUGGUGUUGUAAAAGAUGGACCUGGUGGGACAUUGGCUACUGUAGCAGAGUACAUGGUUGAUGGCUCUCUUAGACAUGUUCUAAUCAGGAAAGAUAGACACCUGGAUCGUCGUAAGAGACUAAUCAUCGCAAUGGAUGCUGCAUUUGGAAUGGAAUAUUUGCACGCCAAAAACAUUGUUCACUUCGAUUUGAAAUGUGACAAUUUACUUGUAAACCUCAAAGAUCCUUCUCGCCCAAUCUGCAAGGUUGGUGAUUUCGGUUUGUCGAAAAUUAAAAGAAAUACAUUAGUAUCUGGUGGUGUACGUGGAACCCUUCCAUGGAUGGCACCAGAGCUUCUAAACGGUAGCAGCAGCAAAGUUUCAGAGAAGGUGGAUGUCUUCUCUUUUGGUAUAGUCUUGUGGGAGAUUCUAACUGGAGAGGAACCAUAUGCUAAUAUGCACUAUGGUGCUAUAAUAGGUGGGAUAGUGAACAACACACUGAGGCCGACCAUACCAAGUUACUGUGACACUGACUGGAGAAUACUAAUGGAGGAAUGUUGGGCGCCUAAUCCGACGGCACGGCCAUCCUUCACGGAGAUAGCUGGUCGGUUACGUGUGAUGACAACUGCUGUAACUUCGAACCAGUCCAAACCGCCAGCUCACAAUAAGGCUUCAAAGUAA